AUGCUGCCGCUUGUUCUGUAUGAUGUUAUGUCUGAUCUCCCGGGCAAUAACUUUUCACCCAAUCCCGCGAAACCGAGGUUCGUUCUGAGCUACAAAGGUAUUCCAUUCGUGACCAUCUGGGUCGAAUAUGCAGACAUCCAUAUCGCUAUGAAGUCCAUUGGUGCAAAGCCAAUCAAACGCCGAGAUGGCUCGGACGUCUGCACCGUCCCUGUCCUCAGCGACCCUAACACCGGUGCCCUCAUCACCGACUCCCUCGAAAUUGUUUCUUACCUCGAAAAGACAUAUCCCGAGAAGCCAGUCUUCCCAAACAACUCAGAGCCCCUGAUACGCGCGUUCGACUCUGCCUAUAUGAGUCUGAUUGUACCUGGCAUUAAGCCUAUAUUCCUACGCACCAUGGAAAUAUUGAGUCCUGCCAGCGCCAAGUUCUUCAUGGGAGCUCGUUCAGGGGACGUCCCGUUACCGUGGGAUCCGAACUGCGAUACAGACUGGAAACUACUAGAGAAGGGGUACAAUACUGCGUGCGAGUGGUACCAGAAGACUGACGGGAAGUGGAUCAUGGGCGACACCUUUUCAUAUGCAGACAUCAUUGUCGCAUGUUGGUUACUCGCACUUAAACGAGUGCUGAAGGAGAAUGAUGAGUGGGCCAGGAUCAGUUCUUGGAAUGGGGGAAAAUGGGCCCAAGUCCUUGUAGAUGUCGAGAAAGAGUGUAAAUUGGCUUAG